AUGGUCGACUUCUCCACUAAGCGAUCGGCUACGGAGGAGAAAGUACGACCGACUUCGAGCGGGGGAAGACCAUACAACCACGUAGACGAAGAGAUGACAACGCGACUGCAGAGCAUCCCUCGCGAGAUCCGGAAGAGCGUAACAGAAGGCUACCGCACUACCCCCACUCCCGGCCCCGCACCCCUCCCCCGCCCAGCGGACAAAGACCUCCCCAUCUUCCGUUCGCACAGGGACGACCUCGUCUGGUCUCUCGACCUCAUCUCACCCGAGGCCAUCCGGGGCAAAGAGCUGCGCCCGCUGUACGAACGAUUUGAGCGUUCGGGACCUGACGGUGCCGGAGCUGCGGGGCAGUUGUUCGCCUUGCCAAACUUCCCCGGCCCGAGUGGGGAGAGGAAACGCCGUAUCGAGAGGGAGACGUCGCCCAGUAGCUCGGCUGGGAACUCACCGGUCCAAAGCCCGGCAGGGGAGAUGCAGCUUGACCUCCCAGCAAUGGACGUGGAUAUGGACACUCUGCCCCAAGCAGCGGGGGCGAAGCGCGGUUUCCCACUACCACAGUCGGGGGAGAGGAAGAUCAAGCCCCCACCGAGGAGGAUGAAGAAUGUCCAGUCGGCACCUGCGGGAGGACUCAGGUUUGGUGCCGGGGCGUGGGCGGCUACUGGGCAGAACGAGUUGGCUGAUGUGGUUGACGAGCCGUGGGAAGAGGUGGACUUUAGCGCGUUUGCUAACCAACCUCCUGAGUGA